GCGCGUCCUCUGGUCCGCCUCUCCGCUCGCCGCAGCCCGGGCUCCUCCUCCGUCCAGCCUCCGGGGCGGGGUCUGUUGGCUCGCCCUACCCUCGUCGCCUAAGCCUGCCCUCCGCCAGACGGGUCCCCUCCCCGCGGCACCACGGCUUCCCUUCAACAGCACGGCGACGGGGGCUUCCCCUCAGCAGCAGCCGCUGCUUCGGUCUCCGCAGCCGGCCAACCUCCGCCGCGUCCGCGGCCCGCGGCUGCCAGGGUGGAAUGCGUAGCACAAGGAGAAAAUUGUUUCUUGAAUAAUCAGAGUUCUUCAAAAAUGUCACGCCAGCUUUCCACCUGUUCUUACUGCCACAUACUCUCUUCCACACUUGCCUACAUAUGAUGCAGUUUAUGUUGCUUUUUAGUCGUCAGGGAAAGCUGCGGCUGCAGAAAUGGUAUGUCCCACUCUCAGACAAAGAGAAGAAGAAGAUCACAAGAGAACUUGUUCAAACCGUUUUAGCUCGAAAGCCUAAGAUGUGCAGCUUCCUUGAAUGGAGAGAUCUGAAGAUUGUUUAUAAAAGAUAUGCCAGUCUAUAUUUUUGCUGUGCUAUUGAGGAUCAGGACAAUGAACUGAUUACCCUGGAAAUAAUCCAUCGUUACGUGGAAUUACUUGACAAGUAUUUUGGCAGUGUGUGUGAACUUGAUAUCAUCUUUAAUUUCGAGAAGGCCUAUUUUAUUUUGGAUGAAUUUCUUUUGGGAGGAGAAGUUCAGGAAACGUCCAAGAAAAAUGUCCUUAAAGCAAUUGAACAGGCUGAUCUCCUGCAAGAGGUGCCCAUGGGAAGAACAAAAUAGUAGACCUAGCUGCGUGGGCUCUACUCAGAAAAUGCACAGCCACGCCAUGAAUAUUUUAAUGUCCCUGUGUACUAAAUGACUGCUCAUCGACUAUGCAGAAUUUCACAGAGGAAAUAGAGAACUGAUAUACUUAUGAAAGAAAAUGUCCUCAGCUUGGUGACUAAUUCUCCUGUAAAAAGAUAAAAAGCAUCUUAGACCUAGUACCUUUAUGAUUGUAUUUUUUCUGUACACAUUCCUAAUUAUAUUUUCAUUCUGUAUAUGAUAUUGAUAUAUCGUUUAUUUCUGUCUACUACUGUUUCUUCUUGAGAAAAUACAACUUGUGAACAUUUUGAUUAAUAUUCUAAAUUCAUACAAGCUAUUGUUAGUAAACCAUCCAUGAUUAAUCUUAUGAGAGUAUAACAGAAAGGCUGGGCAAUCACAAAUGUUUACCAAAGAAAAUACAGUUAAGAACUCAGGCAAAAUUAGCAGCACCACAGUAUUUAGUUCAUUGUUGAAGAAAACCAAGCUUUACUUAACACUAAGAUUAUCUUACGGUCUGUAUGAGCUAAUAUGUUCAACUGUAUCACGUGAAAGCGUAUGUUGAAGCAAUAUAAGAAAAAUCAAUUACAAUUAUAUAAGACCUAAGGUUAAAACAUUGAAUUUUCCAGAAAUUUUGUAGUGCCAAUAUUUAUUGAGCCACAUUUAUGCAGUGUCAGACAGUCCUUUUACAAACUAUCAGAAAGCUAUGUCACAAAGUCUCCUGAAAUGUCUGUUGCUCGGUAACAACUCUUUUGAAGCAGUAAUACUGAGCCCACUUAUAUGAUAUGAAAAUUCUGAUAUUCAUUUUCAGUAUCCAGACAUUUUUUAUUAGUUAAUGGAUCCCUAAUUAAUGUAUUAAGCCUUCUAAACACUCAAUGCUGUAUUAACUAUGACUUUGUUCUGAAAUACUAAAAACUUUUCAUAUUAAUUUUACAUAAAUAUGCUUUUAAUGACACUUAGCAUAUUUUAUUAUAAAAAGAACCAGAUAACUCUUUGUUUAUAUCUAGAGAGUUUAAAGCCCAAGUAAAUUGUCCUUAAUAACUUCGGAGACAUGGUAGUGCAUGCCUGUCAUCUGGGCAUUUGGGAGGCUGAGGCAGGAGAAAGAUGAGUUACUACGUUUACUAGGGAGUCCUUGUCUCAAAAGACAAAAAUUAAAUAUGCCAAAAAAUACCCAAACCAGUUUCCCACCGAAAGAUCUGUGACAAUGUUUUAGGAAAUGUAGUAUUAGGCAGCUGUAUAGAUCAACUAUCUCCAUUACCAUAUGAAGUGUCAUAAAACAUUGGUCUUUCAUUUCCAUUUUUUCCCAUCCUCCUACCCUACAUGUUGUUCAUCUGAUUUUAAUGUUGCAUAAAUAUGCAUUGUCUCAUGCCUGUUUGUUUUGGAUGCUGUGUGCUGAGCUAUAACAAAAUGUUGCGCUUUUUUUUUGAGGGGGAUACCUGUAUGUAGCUGCUUGCUUUAAAUUAGCAGAUUCUGAAAUAGCUUUUCUUGCAUGUCUAAAAUAAAGUAUUGCAUGUA